UCUCCAUGCCCCCUUUUUGCUUCAUCCUGUCUUGACUUUUGUAGCUAUAUAGCUUCAUCAUUGUACUUUAUUUCCUUGAAUCAAGUGCAUGCUUAUCCCCACAUUGUGAGAAAAGAAAUGGGGGUCCGACGUUGUUUACCGUCUUCCAUAAUCGGCCCGGAUGACGCCUGCGAUAUCCGAAUCACAGUGCCAGGCAACGAAUGCGACAAAUACCCAGCCAAACAGCACGCGCGCAAGACGGCGUUGAAGCUCGGUGCCUCGUCCGGCCUGAUCUAUCUCGCCGGCCAACCCACCAUCAACUGGGGCGACUCCGACCAACCGCGAUUCUUCCGACAAAGACGCUACUUCUACUACCUCACCGGCACCAACGAGGCUGAUUGCCAUGUGACCUACGACAUCAAGAAUGACCUCCUGACGCUCUACGUGCCGGACUUCGACCUCCAUCACGCCAUCUGGAUGGGACCGACGCUGACCGUGGACGAGGCCCUGCAGCGCUACGACGUCGACCGCGUGCGCUACCAUGCCUCCCUCUCUGAUGACAUCCAGUCCUGGGCCCGGAAGUCCAACGGCUCCAACCCCAUCUACAUCCUCCACGAGACGCAGAAGCCCGCGAUCCCGACCACCGGUCUCCACUUCGACCAUGACCGUCUCGUACCGGCCAUGAACAUCGCGCGCAUGGUCAAGGACGAAUACGAGAUCCGCAUGAUCCGCCGCGCAAAUGAGAUCUCGGGGCUCGCGCACCGCAAGAUCCUAGAGACCAUCCACAAGAUGAAGAACGAGACGGAAAUCGAGGGCCUCUUCCUCGACACGUGCGUCUCGCACGGCGCAAAGAACCAAUCCUACGAGAUCAUCGCCGGCUCCGGCGAAAACGCCGCCGUCCUGCACUACGUCAAGAACGACGAGCCCCUGCACGGAAGACAGCUGGUCUGUCUGGACGCCGGCGCCGAAUGGAACUGCUACGCCAGCGACGUGACGCGGACAAUCCCCCUGCCCUCUUCCUCCUCCUCCUCCCCAUCCUCGUCCUUGUCAUCCGACUGGCCCAGCGACCGCGCCAAAGCCAUCUACCAAAUCGUCGAAGACAUCCAAGAGCGCUGCAUCAAGCUCUCCAAGGAAGGAUCCAGCUUCGCGCUCCUACAAAAGGUCGCCCGAUUCUACACCGUCAAGGGACUGCGUCGGCUCGGCGUCCUCCGCGGCAACGACAUCAACGAGAUCCUCGCGUCCGGCGCCUCCAACAUCUUCUUCCCGCAUGGCCUCGGCCACCACGUCGGCCUCGAAGUCCACGACGUCACCGAGUCCUCCAACACCCCCCAGGACCCAUCCAGCAUCAAGCAAUGGGGUGGGCGGGCUUUCGUCCCGCCCGUCCCCGUCGAGGACAGUACCCUGACAGGCUCCUCCUCUUCUUCUACGCGGUCCGACCUCUUCGAAGAAGGCAUGAUCAUCACCGUCGAACCGGGUAUCUACUUCUCUCGGUUGGCGCUGCGGAAUGCCCGCACCCUGCCUCUGGCGAGGUAUAUCGACUUCGAGGAGGCGGAGAAGUAUCUUCCCGUCGGGGGCGUGCGGAUCGAAGACGACGUGUUGAUUACGAAGGGCGGGCCGGAGAAUCUGACGACGGCGCCUAAGGGGCAGGAGAUGCUGGAGAUUCUUCGUCGCGGGAUCGAUCGUUAAUGGUACCAGCUGUUCUAUUCUUUUCUCGUGAUACCAGCUAGAUAGCUACUUGUUUACUUGUAGAUUCGUCUACGUAGGUGGAAACAUCACUGUCGGGGUUGUCUAUCAUGUUCAACACAAUGGCCAAACCACCGACAAUUGCUACGAAGGGAAUGAAAGUAAUCAAACACCUCAAACAAAGAUCUUCCUAACUAGAAAAAUCUAUUUCAAACAAG